AUGACUUCGAAUCGUUAUGAGGAAGAUGAUCUAUCCGAUAUGUAUCAGUUGUGUGAAGUUAUCAGAUUGCAGGAAACCGGACCUAAAGAAGCUAAUAAAUCUUUAAGAAAUGUUUUUAAAUAUGGUGACACACAUUCUCAGCUUCGUGGUCUCACUAUUUUAAAGGCAUUGGUUGAUAACUGUGGUGAAAGUUUUCAAGCUCAUUUAUAUGACAGUGUGAAUCAUAAAGCUGGCUUUUCUAGGAGAAAUUCUAGUACAAGGCCGGUACCUCAAAUUCCAUCUUCCACAAGUUCUAAAGCGAGACGAGAAAGUUUGGAUAAAUCUAAUAAUAAAGGACCACAGUCUCCUACCUAUUCACCAGAAAAA